GGGCCCACCUACCUGCUAUACAUCGUAAUAUCACAUUCUCGUCGCGCAUCAUUAAUCUUCUGUUCCGAUAUUGGGCACCCCCAUGAUAAAUUCGACUGUUACUCCCUUCGCUAUUGGUGUCCAAAAUUAAUCACGGCCAUCCCGAGUAACGGCGCUGCGGGAUAAUUGAUUGUUUUGAAAUUCCCACUAACAACCAUGUCCCGGAAGCCCUCACCCCCCGCUACCCCCGCGAUCGUCUCCUUAACUUCGCUCAAGAACUGUCUUCUCAACCUUCCAAUCCCACUCGUCAAUGUGCUGGUUUCUGCAAAUACUCCGGCACAAAAUGUUGUUGUCGAGUUAUCCUUCCGCGUCUCUGUCGGGGGAGGCUCAACCGCUACAACUACUAGAAGCGUGUAUGCCGGGUGGACGGGAAUGCAGAGCAAAAGGAAGCCGAGUGCAGGGUCGGGGAGGUCGGAGGAGGCAAUGGUAGAGAUGGAUCCUGCAUUUGCUAGGAAUGUAGGAUUGUCUGAGGGGUCUAAGGUUUGUUCCCCUCCACGGAAUACAGUGAUGGGCCUCACCGCGAGGGAUUGUGUUGAUUUGGUUAGGUUUCUAUUCACCUCCAUUUGGACCCUACGCCGGCACACACUUUUCAUAUCGAGCCCCUGACUGCGAGUGAUUGGGAGAUAAUAGAGCUGCAUGCGGACUUUCUGGAACUAAAUCUUAUUUCACAGAUCCGCUGUGUUUCUCCCGCGCACCCGAUCUCAGUCUACCUGUCCCCUACAUCUACGGCCUCUAUAAGAGUGACAAAGGUUGAGCCGGAGGACGCUCUUUCCUCGCCGAACGGAUUCGCUAAGGUUUCGCCGGAAGCCGAGAUUAUCGUUGCGCCGAAGAAGCGGCAGCGCCGACACAGUCAGGGUGCAAAGUCGGCCACCAGCACUGCGAAAACUGCGGUGAAGAAGCGGAGCGAUGGUGGGGGCGCGGGGGCAAUGUUUUUCCGGGGCGUCUCGUUGCCCGCGGUACGGUAUCUUCCGAAGACGGAUGGCGAUGAGGAAGAGGAGGAGUUUAUAGAAGGGGAUGAGGACAGAGAAGAGGUUGCUGCUGGCGGAAAGGGAUUUUCGGCCUACCUAGAUCCCACAUUGCUCAUGUCUUCGAGGCAUCUUCGGGGUGUUUCUCAUGCUGUGGUUUCAGUUGUCCGGCCCCCAGCUAUAGCUCCUCCCCAAGAUCCGUCCCAGCCGCAGCAGCAACCGGAGGAGAAGGACAAAAAGGAUAAAAAGGAUGCAGCACCAGAGGUGAUUCCGGCUUCAAGGAUCGUCGCAGUUAUACGUCCUUGGGAUUCUGCGCCAGACGGGAAACACGUAGCAUUGUCUAAACUACUCUCUGUCGCUUUGCACCUUCGGCAUGGGCAAGUGGGUGAUAUGAUACGCCUUGAGCCUGCGCCGCAGCAGGUGCCCCAGAAAUUGCUCUCAAAGGUUAAGGUUUUUCCAUUUCAGGGUACCGAGAAACAGGACGGGUUGAAAUGGGGUGGUGGAACUAAGCGUCUAGAGGAAAUGGCUGUUGCAAGGUUGCAAGAGGUUCUGGGUCCUCACAGACAGCGCAAUGGGACGAAGGCCAUGAUAGAGGAGGACAAGACUUCGGUUUCCCCUGGGGAAAGUGUGCUUGAGGGUGCUCUGACUGACGGACUUGUUCUCCCGGCAAUUCGGGACUCGCCGAUUGCUGCUGGUGGAAUCAUCAAAGUUGAGGUUUCUGCUGGCGAGGGUGGGGAAGCGCCACAAUGUAUUAAAUGGGUACUAGCGGCAGACAAAAAACUCCCACUCGAGAUUGGGUCACUUGUACCCAAGCCUACUCCCCCACUAGUUGCUGUCUCGGAGACGUUGUUCGUCCCGGGAACUGAUUCUGAUCAGCCAAUUGUGGGUGUGGACGACAUUCUUUCCUCAGUCACCAAUCAUUUACUAUCUUCUUCCUCAGUAUUACUCUCUGGUGCUCACGGAUCGGGGAAGACUUCAAUCCUCCGCCUCAUCGCAAAGCGUCUCUCUGGAGCUCCACAUUUCCAUAGGAUCAUAGACCCCGGCUCUCUUUCGAAGCUUUCCGAAGAGCGUGUAGGCAUAGUUAAAGAAAAUGUCAACCGCUGGUUCACCGAGGCCGUAUGGGCAGCUGGGAAGACCGGCCACUCCAUCCUUCUCCUCGAUGAUCUCGACAGGCUCUGUGCCUCUGAGUCCGAAAAUCAGGACAACUCUCGAGUGAGGCAAAUCGCCGAGGUCGUCGUGGCGGCCGUUAGAAAGCAUACAACGCCUGGUGGUGCCGGCGGGCGUGGAGGCGUAGUCGUCCUAGCUAGUUGUCAGGCAAAGGAAAGCAUGCAUAGCUUGGUUGUCGGCGGUCACGUAUUCCGCGAGGCACUCUCGCUCAAAGCAAUGUCGAAGGAAGGUCGUCGUACAGUACUUGAGGGCGUUGUCGGGGCCAGUUCAGGAGUCUUAGAGAGAGGCCUUGAGCUCCGCGACAUUGCCGCUAAAACCGAAGGCUAUAUGCCCGGGGACUUGGUCCUCCUCGUCGGCCGUGCUAGACACGAAGCCGUCGUCCGGAUGGUCGACGCAGGCGAAUCUAAAGAAUCCUCAACACUGACCCUCAGGCGUAUAGACUUCGAUUCCGCCCUCCGAGGUUUCGUCCCUGCUGGACUCCGGGGCGUAAAACUGCAAACUUCUGGCGCGAGCUGGAAAGAUAUCGGUGGCUUAAAAGAAACCCGCAAAAUCCUCCUAGAAACACUUGAAUGGCCCACCAAAUAUGCCCCCAUAUUUGCUAGCUGCCCUCUACGCCUUCGCAGUGGUCUCCUUCUCUAUGGCUAUCCCGGGUGCGGAAAAACCCUUCUAGCAAGCGCAGUAGCCGGAGAAUGCGGCCUUAAUUUCAUUUCUGUCAAAGGUCCCGAAAUUCUUAACAAGUACAUCGGGGCUUCGGAAAAGUCCGUCCGUGACCUCUUCGAGCGCGCUAGCGGUGCAAAGCCCUGCGUCUUGUUCUUUGACGAAUUCGACAGUAUUGCGCCGAAGCGUGGCCACGACUCUACCGGUGUCACCGAUCGUGUGGUAAAUCAAAUGCUCACACAGAUGGACGGUGCGGAAGGACUCGACGGCGUGUACGUCCUCGCGGCAACCUCCCGACCCGACCUAAUCGACCCUGCGCUCCUCCGUCCUGGCCGUUUGGAUAAGAGCUUGUUGUGCGACUUGCCAGGCCCCGAAGACCGGCUGGAUAUCUUCCGCGCGCUUGUCGGCGAAGGCGGGAAAUUGCGUGUGGGUCCGGACGUUAGCCUCGAAGAACUCGCUGCAAGGACAGAAGGUUAUUCCGGAGCGGACUUGCAGGCGGUGCUUUACAAUGCACAUUUGGAAGCCGUGCAGGGAGUCAUCAGCGAAGAGGUGCGCAAACGCGAAGCGCUAGAAGAGGAGCAGGAGGGCGCGAGUGCAGCUGGUAAAGAUGCUAAGGAGGAAUUGGACUUUUUGGAAUUCGUCUGGGGGGAUAGCCGCAAAGGGAGGGGUCAGGCUGCGCCGGAGGUUGGCGCAAAUAGGCAUCGCGAGCGGGUAGCACUUCUGGAAAAGGUAUUUCACCAUUCUCCCCAUAUCCCCUGCUCCGACUAACUCUUACAGCUCGGAUCCCUUCGAAAAAGAUCCUCGAAUAAUUCUACCUUCUCCAACAACAACAACAACGGCUCCAUCUCCGUAACAAAGCCGAAGCAGGAUGCCGGAACGGCCGAAGUAACUAUAUCCUGGUCACAUGUUGAGUCCUCCCUACACUCCACACGACCGAGCAUUUCCCCGGAAGAGCGCAAGCGUCUGCGAGGGAUAUAUACGGAGUUUGUUGGACAGCGAAAUGGAGAGAUGCCGAAUGGGCAGGGCAGUACUGAGGUUGGGGGAAGGAGUAGUUUGAUGUAGUUCCGAUAGUGAGGUAGAAUACGGGAAAGCGGGUGGCGAGUGAUUCGAGAGUGGGUAAUGGGUUAAUAGAAUUGCAAAAGCAUUGGUGCAUUUGGUAGACAACUAUAAUCCCCCGAUGUUUGUUUACUCUGCAAGUGUUGUGGUGUACCCUUAAGCCAGUGCUGAAGG